AUGAAAAUUUCGAAAAUUUUCCAGGACCAAAAAACGGUGGACUUCGACAAACUCGAAGACAAUUCCUCAAGUUUCGAAGGCGUCGAUGUGGGUUUUUGUGCUCUCGGAACAACUCGCGCAAAAUCCGGUGCUGACGGUUUCUACAAAGUCGAUCAUGAUUAUGUGGUCAACACUGCAAAAUUGGCCAAAAAACACGGUGUCAAACAAUUUAUUCUGGUUUCUUCAGGCGGUGCAAAUGCAAAUUCACCAUUUUUAUACAUGAAAACGAAGGGAGAAGUUGAAAAAGAGAUUGAGGAAUUGGGAUUCGAAAAAUUCGUGAUUGUUAGACCUGGAUUGAUCGAAGCACAAAGAUCAGGCGAUUUUAGAUUUGGGGAAUUUAUGGCGAAGGUAUUCAUCACACCCUUGAAAUUGUUUUCAAAUCGAUUUGCGAGUUCUGCAAAUGAUAUUGCAAAGGCUAUGAUUGUUGCUUCGAAAUCUGAAGAGACCGGAAAAUUCAUCUGGGAUAAUGUGAAGAUUUUGGAAGAGGCUAAGAAGCUUGUCUAA